GAUUCAGCGCCCUCUAUUUCUUCAGAGGGCGCUGCUAGACACAGACAGGUAGAUUUCGCAAUCCGUGAAAGUGCAGUAAUUCAUGGAGGAAUAACGGAAUGAUUACAGCCCGGUCGCAUUUCCCUCAAAUUUCCCGUGCUCCAGUUGGCAAGGCUGAUGGAGGUGGUUCGAUCUUCGAUGGCGGAGUUCUUCUAAAGACGCGUGUGCCGUAGUGUGGAUUGGUGUGCAUGUUGUCGGUUAUUUAACUGUGUUUUGUUCAUUAAACGAUUAAGGGAUUUUAAAAAACGGAUUGUAUCAGACUAUGGCUGCUAGCAUUGCUGGUGUGUUUCAAAAUGACUUACAACAGGCAAUUAACAGCAGCAAAGUGUUUGUUGUUGGUGCCGGCGGCAUCGGAUGCGAGAUUUUGAAAAAUCUUGUAAUGAGUGGAUUUAAUGACAUUGAAAUUAUUGAUUUGGACACUAUUGAUGUGAGCAACCUGAAUAGACAAUUCUUAUUUCAUAAGCAGCAUGUUGGGAAGUCAAAAGCAGAAGUAGCACGUGAAAGUGCAUUGUCCUUUAACCCUACGGUUAAUAUAAAAGCUUAUCAUGACAGCAUUAUGAGUGCUGACUACGGAGUCAAUUUCUUCAAGAGAUUUGCAGUAGUUAUGAAUGCUUUAGAUAAUCGCAUGGCUCGAAAUCAUGUGAACAGAAUGUGUUUGGCAGCUGAUGUUCCUCUUAUUGAAAGUGGGACUGCUGGCUAUGAGGGUCAAGUUGAAUUAAUUAAAAAACAACUUACUCAGUGUUAUGAAUGUCUUCCUAAGGCUCCUCAAAAGACAUAUCCUGGUUGUACAAUUAGGAACACACCCUCUGAACCUAUCCAUUGCAUAGUGUGGAGCAAACAUUUGUUCAACCAGUUGUUUGGUGAAAACGAUCCUGAUAUGGAUGUGUCUCCUGAUACAGCUGAUCCGGAUGCUGCUGGUGAUGCUGGUAUGGCAGCUCUUAAAGGUGAAGCAAAUGAUCAAGGAAAUGUGACCAGGGUAACUACUCGAGAAUGGGCUGUUAAAUCAAAUUAUGAUCCUGAGAAGCUGUUUCGUAAAUUAUUUCAUGAUGAUAUAAAAUAUUUACUGAGUAUGGGGAAUCUGUGGAAAAAUAGAACUCCUCCCAAACCUCUUGUGUUUGGUGAAGUGCCAGAUGCUGUUGCUGGCUGCAGUAAUGAAACUGAUGCUGUCCUCAAAGAUCAAAAGAUAUGGAGUGUAGCAGAGUGCGUUGAAAUAUUUUCAUCCAGUUGCAGAAAUCUUUAUAGUCAACAGCAAAGACUUGAUUUGGGAGAUAAUCUUGUAUGGGAUAAGGAUGACAAAGAUGCUAUGGAUUUUGUUGCUUCUUGUGCAAACAUUAGAGCUUACAUAUUUGGUAUACCUCAGAAAUCUCGUAAUAUCAUUCCAGCUAUUGCUACAAGCAAUGCCAUAGUUGCUGGACUAGUUGUUCUUAAAGCCUUUUAUGUUUUACGAGGACAACUGGAAAAUUGUCAGUCUGUUUACCUUCGCAACAAACCCAAUCACAAAAACGUUCAGAUUGUUCCUGAGGCAUGUUUGGUCCAACCAAAUUCAAAGUGCUAUGUUUGCUCACCAAAACAUGAGGUUCAGCUAUGUGUUGAUGUUCAGUCUUUGACAGUCAAAGAAUUAGAGGAACAGAUUUUAAAAAAAGGUUUACAUAUGGUGGCUCCAGAUGUCAUAACAGCCACGGGGACAGUUAUUUUGUCAAGUGAGGAAGGUGAAACAACAGACAACUAUCCAAAGACUUUAUCGCAAAUGGGAGUGGUGAAUGGCAGUAUUUUGAAAGCUGACGACUUUCUUCAGAAUUAUGAACUAAAUAUAGUAAUUGUGCAGAGGUGUCUGACAAGAGAUGGACCUCUGUUUGAAAUAAUUGGUUCUGAAAAUGCUAAACCAGGUUCACCAGAGAAACUUCAACCUGAAAACGGGCAAACGGAUGAUGAUGAUGAUGAUGUUGUACAUGUCAUCGAUGGAGAAUCAACUUCUAAUGCCACCAGCAGCAUAAGAAAGAGAAAAUUGGAGACAUGAAGUCUCUUAUUUGGAGAAGAAAUAAAGUGAAGUAGCUAAAAUGUUUGUGGACUCAUUUUUUUGAACACUCGUGUGUGAAUAUUCUGUUUGUAUUCCAAGGUCAAUGUGGUAAACAUGUUUGUCAAUGAUAUAAGUUUAUGUGACCUAUUCUGACUUCCUGGGAAGUUUUAUGCCAGUUUCUCCAAUGUUGGAAAAAACAACGGGCAUUUUCCUUGUGAUGGAUUUGUAAUGAAUAAAUAUUUGCACUCAGUAAAAACACGUUAAUUUAUUCAUUUGAAACCUUUUCUCAGGUUUGAGUAAGUUUUGCUUUACAAUGUAAAACAAAUUAAUACAAAUAAAGUAUUUAUUUUCAUUCGAAAUUUUUGAAUGUUGCAAAGUUGUGACAAUUUAAACAUUUGCAUUCCUGUAUUUUACAUUUCAUAGUUUUUUAUUAUUAUUUUAAUUUUUCUCUAAUUUUUGUGUAGUGUAAAGUAUUCUUUUACUGAUUGUGUUCAUGUAAUUUUCAUUGUAAGAGAUCAUGUGCUAUUAUUCUUAUUGUGAAAACUUGCAUUUUUUUUAUUCAAUAAAGAAACUAAAUUUCUUGACA